UGUUUUGUCCCUCUCGGCUCACCGUAGAACAGGAAGCUGUUUCACAAGCAGCCGCUCGGCGUGACUUUGAGAUCGUGUGUGUGACACCAGAGUAAACUAACACACACACACACAUCUACAGCAGCUCACAAUGCGGCUUCUGAGAGCAGCAUCAGUUUUAACUCAACGGCAUCUGCACAAGCCGGGACGCGUCACACUGAAACAGGUGCUGAUCAGCUGUCGCUCCUGCUCGAAUGGCUUCACACCGAACGAGCGGAUCCGGAACAUCGGCAUCUCUGCGCACAUCGACUCCGGGAAGACCACACUGACCGAGAGAGUGCUCUACUACACCGGCAGGAUCGCGGAGAUGCACGAGGUGAGAGGGAAGGAUGGAGUGGGCGCGAUCAUGGACUCAAUGGAGUUAGAGAGACAGAGAGGAAUCACUAUCCAGUCCGCUGCCACAUACACCAUGUGGAAAGAUCACAACAUCAACAUCAUCGACACACCAGGUCACGUGGACUUCACCAUCGAGGUGGAGCGGGCUCUGCGUGUGCUGGAUGGAGCGGUGCUGGUGCUGUGUGCCGUCGGAGGAGUGCAGUGUCAGACCAUGACCGUCAACCGGCAGAUGAAGCGAUACGGCGUGCCCUUCCUCUCCUUCAUCAACAAACUCGACCGACAGGGCGCCAAUCCCAGCCGAGCGCUGCAGCAGCUGAGGACUAAACUGAAUCAUAAUGCAGCGUUUAUCAACAUUCCCAUCGGACUGGAAGGAAAUCUGCGAGGGAUCGUUGAUCUGAUCGAGGAGCGCAGCGUCUUCUUCGAAGGCCCUUUCGGUCAGAGCAUUCGUUUCGAUGAGAUCCCGGUGGAGAUGCGCGCCGAGGCGGCAGACCGCAGACAGGAGCUGGUGGAGUGUGUGGCGAACGCCGAUGAGACGCUUGGAGAGAUGUUUCUGGAGGAGAAAGUUCCCACGGUGGACGACAUCAAGGCUGCUGUGCGCAGGGCGACUAUCCAGCGCGUGUUCACUCCUGUUCUGGUGGGCAGCGCCCUGAAGAAUAAAGGAGUUCAGCCGCUGCUGGACGCUGCGCUGGAGUAUCUGCCGAACCCCACCGAGGUCAAGAACUACGCCAUCCUGAACGAGGAGGCAUCUAGUGACGGCUCCAGGAUUCUGAUGGACCCCGCGAGAGACGACACGCAUCCCUUCGUCGGCCUGGCCUUCAAGCUGGAGGCGGGGCGUUUCGGGCAGCUGACGUACGUGCGUGUGUAUCAGGGCUGUUUGAGGAAGACGGAGUACAUCCACAACACCCGCUCGGGGAAGAGGGUGAGGGUCCAGAGACUGGUGCGACUCCACGCCGAUCAGAUGGAGGACGUGGAGGUGGUGUUCGCCGGCGAUAUCUGCGCUCUGUUCGGCGUCGACUGUGCCAGCGGAGACACCUUCACUGCCCGCACUAAUGCCAACCUCUCCAUGGAAUCCAUUCACAUUCCUGAUCCCGUGAUCUCUAUGGCCAUAAGAGCCUCCAACAAGAACGACACAGACAAGUUCUCCAAGGGAAUCAAUCGCUUCACCAGAGAAGAUCCCACGUUUAGAGUCCACUUUGACACGGAGAGUAAAGAGACCAUCAUCUCGGGCAUGGGAGAGCUGCAUCUGGAGAUCUACUCGCAGAGGAUGGAGAGGGAAUAUAGCUGUCCGUGUGUGAUGGGCAAACCCAAAGUGGCCUUCAGAGAGACGGUGACCAGCGCUGUGCCGUCCUCAUUCCAAACUGGUUUCUUCUGUGGAGCGCAGAAGAUCGGGCUUGAUCAUUUCUGGCUGAUCUAUGGCUUUAGGUUGAGUGUUUCUAUCACUGGUGAAGUGUGUGUGGUGUUCCGUCCUCAGGGUUUCAGGGAAGCGUGUGAGAAGGGUCCUCUGACGGGACACAAGAUAUCUGGAGUGCGUUUCGUCCUGGAGGACGGAGCUCAUCACAUGGUGGACUCUAACGAGAUCUCCUUCAUCCGGGCUGGAGAGGGCGCUGUAAAACAGGCCAUUGAGAAGUCCAGCAUGGUGAUUCUGGAGCCGGUGAUGUCUGUGGAGAUCGUGGCCCCUAAUGAGUUCCAGGGGGUCGUUAUUGCAGGGGUCAACCGUCGUCACGGGGUCAUCACGGGACAGGACGGGGCAGAGGGCUAUUUCACUCUCUACGCUGAUAUCCCGUUGAACGACAUGUUCGGAUACUCGACCGAGCUGCGCUCCUGCACUGAGGGUAAAGGCGAGUACACCAUGGACUACAGCAGAUAUCAGCCCUGUCUGCCCUCUGUACAAGAAGAGCUCGUCAACAAACACUUGGAGGCCACGGGACAGCUGCCCGCCAAGAAGAGCAAGUGGAAAAACUGAUGCACCGCACACAGUUCAGAUCUGUCGAGGACACCGCUGAUUUUAAAUUCUGCAGAGAUCGGCUUUGGUCAUGCACUGUAAAUGUAUUUGUACAGCGAAUGUUUGCAAAUGUAGUAAAAUCAUGAUCUGUUUAAACUCGUCCCGUGUACUAUAUUUCACGCCUAACCUGAGCAGAAAACAGCUGAAGAAAUCUGCAUUGAAGGAGAAACCUGAACCUUAUCUACUGUUAGACAGCAGGGGGUUUUCCAGAAACAUGGGAAGCAAACGGAUAACAUUAACUUUUGUUCCUAAUCCUGAGGUAACUUUCAGGGUAAGUAAUCAUCGUCAGCAGCUGAUUGUGUGAACAUGAGCUGCUCUGGAGUCAGUUUUCCUCAGAGGUUUUCAACAGGUCUGACAGAUUCACACAUUAUUAUAAUAGCUCAUUUUGGAAUUUUAAAGCACUGUUAUAACAUGAAGCAAUGUUCAUUAUAAAACAGAGAGUUCCGGUGCUU